AGUCAUAAAUCGGACUCCGAGGAGCCAGGAAGUAUGCAGCGCGACAGAUAAAGUCGAGAGAGCGGGCGUUUGUUGUCAGUGGACGGGGAUCACACGCUUCAGGGUGAGAGGGAAUUAUAACCGAGUGCGAAAUUGAGCCUAAUCCAUUGCAGUGGCAGAGACUGACCACUCAGUAGUUUAGAUUUGAAAGCGGGGAGAGAUCACGACCCUGCUUACAAUUAGGUAAAUAUUACGUUAGCACAUUGCUACGAAACAAGACGGAAGAGAAUAGAAGCGGGAUUGCUGUUAUUUCACGGCAAAGGGUUGUCUUGCUCACAAAACAAUUCGAAUCAAGGAUCAUUUCUCAGCAAAGCUUCAAGAUGCCUCGGGUGGUCCCGGAUCAAAGGAGCAAGUUUGAAAACGAAGAAUUCUUCAGAAAACUCAGUCGGGAGUGCGAGAUCAAAUACACAGGUUUCCGAGACAGACCGCACGAGGAGAGGCAAGCCAGGUUUCAGAACGCUUCUAGAGACGGUCGCUCAGAAAUAGCUUUUGUGGCGACGGGCACCAACCUCUCGUUGCAGUUCUUCCCAGCCAACUUGCACGGGGAGCAGAGGCAGACGCCCACACGAGAUUAUGUGGACUUUGAUCGGGAGACGGGAAAGGUGUACUUGAAGGCCCCUAUGAUCCUGAAUGGAGUGUGUGUGACCUGGAAGGGCUGCAUAGACCUGCAGCGCUUGGAUGGGAUGGGCUGUCUGGAGUUCGAUGAGGAGAGAGCACAGCAUGAGGAUGCCCUGGCGCUAGCAUCCUUUGAGGAGUCGCGUAGGAGGACCCGGGACUUUGAGGACAGAGACCGCUCGCACCGAGAGGACCUGGAGCCCAGGCGACAGCAAGACCCCAGCCCUGGCAACAACAUGGGCAACAACGCUGAUGAUCACAAGAUUCGCUAGAGGCCAGAGAGACGCAGGGGGUGGGGUCAGGGUGACCUGUCCAUCGUACUAGGCCAGUCUCACACCCUGUCACCAAGCUGUUAACUGGAGAGACCAAAGUCCACAUUGCUAGAGA